AGGUUUAUACAUACUAUGAGACUUUGGACACUUUUUAUAUUUUUACUGCCAAAGCUGGUCAGUAGUCAACCGCAACAACCUCAACCAUUGCAAGUUUGUCUGAGAGACAUCGAAGAAGAUAUAUGUCCUCAACGAGAAGGUUAUGAUACUGAAUGUGAUACAAGAUGUGGUCAGCUGUAUCCAAUGAGAAUAGGAAGCGGCUGUAGGACCCGGCAAACAGGUCAACUUCUCUCCUUUUUCGGGAUCCGUUCAUUUGUCUGUACAUGUCAUUUGUCCCCAAUUGCGUGUGCAAACCCACAGUUUGCAGUACAUCCGUACCAUACACUAGUUGUUCAGCAGCAUUCGAAUUUGCAACCCAUUCCGCAAAGACUUCCGAACUGUGAAUCGCCGACUCCACCUUCACUUUCGUGUCGAGACGCGUCCGCGUGUGGAACAUGGCAAUUCUCGCGGGAAUUUGAAUGGUAUUCUGGGCGGCCGAAUGGGCAAGCGCGCCCUCGAGAAUCACCAGAUGGUGAAUUUGUGGCAGGUACCAGUCAACAGGGCGCCACGUGGGCGACUAUUUCAACUUGUGAUGGGAUUUGUUCGACGACUUCCGUGAAUUUGACGGCGAGGGUUUGGAGGCCACCGACUGUAAUUGUGGAGUUGUGCUUCAAGGAAAAAGACACAACAAUGUGUGCACCAGUUCACGCGUCAAACGGACAUCUCAUCAACGAAAUCAUUCCAGAAACCAAUUAUUUUCAGAUAAUGCUCCGAUUUUCUAAUGUCACUGCUGGUGAGAUGAUUCUACUUGACGAUCUCACCAUCAAUUAUCAACCGUGCCAGAAAAAAGUGAAAAAUCUCUCGCAGACUAUUCACUCGACAAAUACAAGCACGGCACCAUUGCGAUCCGGGGGCCUUCCAAUAAGCCUGAUAAAUCCGAACAAAGGAGAUCCGCGAAUGGUUCAGCAUAGAAUGUGUCAAGAUGGUGAAUGUGAGCACAAACCUCAUCACUCAGUGGUUCACUCAUCAACAGCCAGGAUGUGUGUGGGACGACCAGGUCUCGCGUACUGCAGGCAAAAAUGUCGAGCUCUCGAUGCUUCAGAAUCAUCUGCUCGAUGCCUCCGCCAACGUGAGAACCCUCUAAUCAAAAAGUGCAUCUGCCACGUCAGAAGAUCUCCGGUCAAGAAAAUCGAUGGAGGUGUAAUUGAGCAACCAACUACCGUAUUCAGAGAAGUUGAAAUGAAUCGAGUGUUGGCAGAUGAUGUUACUUCGAUGACAAAUUUCCCGUCUCCAACAACAACAGUGGUCACAGAAGCACCACUUACAACGAAAAAGUUCAUGAUGGACAUUGAGAAUGAGGAGAAGCAUGAAGCCGAAACAGCUAAGCUAAUAGUUUUGAACAAGCCAAAGAUAAAAUGCGAGGAAACAAAUUGCAACUUUGAGAAGGACACGAAAUGUGGAUGGGCUGAUUUAAGGAUGUUGAGCAGGCAUUUCAAUAAUAUCAGUGUGGCGAUGAAAAAAAGUGAUGAAAAUCGCUAUGGAAUUUCCCGCCUUGAGCCGAAAUCCUACUCGGGUCUUCUCUACAAAGCAUCCCUGAUCGGUCCGAUUCAAAUGUCGAUUGACGUAUUUCCAUCUCAUGAGAUUGACGUUCGAAUUUGUGUUCAAAAUCUUCGAAAAUGUCAGACUCAAACGAUUGCCCCGCGUUCUUGGAAUAGAAUUUCAGCAAGGAUUAAAGUUCAGAGCACAGAAAAGAUUUUCGUGCUAUUCUAUAACGAUGCCAUGGAGCCAAAAUCAAUUGCAAUCGACAAUAUUUUAGUCAAAAAUGGAGCAUGUAUUUAACUCUAACAUUAGAAUUUUAAAACUUUGAAGCCAAUACUUGAACUGUAGAGAAUCUCAUGAGAAAUGCGGGAAUUAAUUGUUUAUCACUCCUCAACAAUAUAAUUAUAUUUUUAAGAUUUGACAUUAAUAAAUAAAUUUAAUAUUUUU